UCAUCACGAAUUUGCUAACUGUUUAACCAACCUGAGCGAAGUUUAUUAUUAUCUUCAAAAUAUGGAAGAAGCAGAACGUUUGGUUCGUUUGGCCCUCAUAAUUCGUUCUCAAUUACAUGAUUAUGAGAAAGAGUUAGUCCAGCCUGGCUUUGUCCAUGCGCUGAUUCUCAAAGCAAGAAUACACCAGUUUUAUAAACAACUUGAUGAUUGGUUUAGCACUUUGAACCAGGCAAACGAAAUUUCUAAGAAUUUUUAUGGCGGCCAGCCACACCCAUAUAAUGCCACCAUUAUUCACGAUCUUGGCGUUUGUGAGCAAGAGCGUGGAAAUUUCUCGGAAGCGUUACACCAUUACCAAGAGCAUUUGAAAAUUUACGAGAAUCUAAUAUUGGAACGUCAGGAAAAUGGACAGGAUUGCCACAUGGCAUAUAUUCUCGUUCGAAUUGGAAAUUUGGCAGAAGAUUGUUGCUAUGAUGCUUCGUAUCUUCUGUCAUGUAACGAGAAAGCACUGAAAAUAGAGGAGAAAAUUCACGGCAAAGAAGCCAAUCAUGUCCAUCUAGCCAUGUGCUUUAAAUCACUGGGUUCUUGUUUGAUGACAGCAAACCGCGAAUCAGAAGGAGUGGAGUAUUUCUGCAAAUCCUUGAAAAUGUUUGAAGAGAUUAGUUUCGAUGCGAAUGAAUCCUUUGGUCACGCACACCUAUCAAUUGGAGAAAUCUUUGGACAGCAUUCGCCAGGAAAAGCAGAAAAGCAUUUGAGAUCAGCAGAAAAAAUUUUGAAGCAGGUCUUAAAGGAUGAAAGUGAUGUAUCAUUGCUUCAGAUCAAUUCUUCCUUGCUGGAGAUUUUUGCGAAGACAAGCAGAAUGAAAGAGGGCCUCGGGCUUGCCGAAAAACAGAGAUGCUUGAUUGAUAUUAUGUUGUCUAAAUCCAAUUCUCCAAGCGCUCAUCAGCUUUCCCAAGUGUUCCGCCUUGCUUCGUUUUACGAACACAGUGGAAGACGAAAUACUGCAAGAGAUUUGUUCAUUGACCUGAUUGGUCGUAUAGAGGAGCAGGUCGAUACCACUGAUGCACACCAGGAUUAUUUUGAGCGUGUGCUGUGGACUGCAGAAUUACGAGCAGGAGGUAUUUACCAAACUAAUGGAAUGUUUGAUAACGCAGAAGCCAUGUUUCAGCGAAUUCUUUUGUCAGUGGAAAAGACAACUUCACAGCGGCAAUUGGGAAAAGAAUUUCGACAUGUUGCUCUGUAUCAUCUAUCGUGUAUUUUAAUGAAAACUGGAAGAUAUCAAGAAGCACAUGAACUGCUUGACAGUCUUAUCAACCUCUAUGAGCAAGACCCAAAGUCAAUCGAUCCCGAAACAGCAUCGUACGUUUUUCUCAUUCGUAGCGAACUUAAUCGUAAAACCUUAUGUUUCAACCUUGCACUUGAAGACCUUGAAAAAGCCUUGAAAACAGCUGAAGUGUUCCGAUUAUCGAAGUCAACGUCCACAUCAGCAACUGAAACUCUUUACGCUAAAGUCAUGAACGCAUUUGGAUUAGUUCAUGAAGAAAACAACAACCCAAGCCUUGCUCUCGACUAUUACACUUGCAGCCUAAGCACUGUAGAGGAGUUACCACCUGAUAUGGAUACAGCUACGUUCCACCAAAAUAAGGCGGAUGUUCUAAAAACGCUUGGACGAUUUGAAGAUGCUACAAUACAUUACCAAAAAUCUUUGGAAAUCAGAGAAAUGCGGUAUUCCGAGGAUCCAGUCAGAGAAGAUAUUGCCACGGUGCUCUAUCAUUUGGCCCUCACCCAGCAUAUUAAUCAACAGCCCAACGAGGCUUCAAAAACUCUGGAGAAGCUUUUACCCUUGAGGAGGGAACUUCUUAAGGAGGGUGGUUUAAACCCAUUGCAAAAUUAUGCUGCAGCGUUGGUUCUCAAAGGUGGCUGUCACAUCUCGGAACCUGACGAAGCUCAGCAAGCGAAAGAGGCCUUCGAAGAAGCAGAGAAAGUUCUUAAGUGGCUGACGGAAGGACAGCUAAACCAGGAUUACGCUGGAGUUUUGCACAAUUUGGGUUGUGCUUGCUUUAUAUUAAAUCAGUGGGAAGAAGCAAUACCCAAACUGGAAAAGGCACUUGAGAUGUGGAGAAUUAUUUAUGAAGGAAAAGCGGUGCCAGUUGUAGCCUCAACCUGCUACUUCCUUGCUAGAGCACUCUUUAAGAAUCACGAGUACCAGAAAGCAUUGACUUACUUUGAGGAAGCGUUGAAAUAUUUUGAAGUUUGCCAGUCACCAGAUAACGAGACCAACUGUGCGCUCCAUAUUGCUCUUUGUCACAAACGUUUGAAUAAUUUUGAUCUUGCGUCGAAAGCGUUUGAGAAAGUCAAGGUGUUGUGUGCCAGAGAAUCAGUCAGUGAUGAGAUGCGAGAUGAGGUUCAAGAAACAAUGGCAGAAAAUGAAGAGAAUACGAACAAACCCAAGGACAGUUAAUGCCACCAUUGGUUUUGUGCUGAGCACCGUGACAAAUCGUAUAGAAGUUUAAGCUAUCCUGCAUAUAGAAAGUGUUAGCUGUAAUUGAGCUGAUUUAUAGAUUUAUAUAUGCAUGCCAAUGCGAAGAAACAAGCAAUGCUUGCGUAAAUUAGGCAGUUUGACCUGGCUUGAUGCAACAACUUACCCGAUCGAUGCAUGGGAUGAUAAAAAUAGUCUAUAUAAUCAUUUUGAAUCCUUCCUUCCCCCUAUUUACCGGUAAUUUUGCUUACGUAUGUAUUCACAAAAAUGAAUCUACACUAAUAAAUAUGACUCAUGGACUACGGGUUAUUAAGUACAUCACAUAUGGUUAUAGGAGUAUUUAAGGGUAUUAUGCGGUUAUAUAGUGGUAUAUAUGGAUAUAAUGUGGUCAUAUAGGGGUAUAUUACGUGGUUAUUGUGGUAU